GCUGUUCCGCCGCGACCAAUCCAUCUCAUUCAAGGUCCUCUUAUCCUUGCCCUAUAGGCUUUUGGGAUCGAAGCACCGCUCUCUAAUACUGUAAACAUGAAGCUCACCGCCGCAAGCGCUCCCGCUGUUGCCGCUGCUCUCGCUCUAGCAGCCAGUCAGCCUAUCAAUGGACAGCCUGCUGUUCACGACUCUGUUUUCGUGACCUCUGCUGACGUCAGCUCGAGCGCCGUUGCAGGCGUCGACAAGCCCAGGUCCACAGUGACGUUGACCGUCACGGCAGAAGCCACCAAGCCGACUUCUACCGGGUCCAUACAGGCGGCCAACAAAGCCAAGCAGGAAGCCAAUUCGACCACUACGGUCACGGCUAGCGUGAUGGUGAUCGCUCCUAGCAGCACCGCUUCCGAAGAACCGGCGAAAACAAACAAGCCGGCUGACUUUGCGGCUGGCUCCCGUCGGAGCACUGCCAAGUCGAAGCGCCACACCUUGAAUCGCGCGGAUGGGGCGAGCGGGAUGGUCCGUGUUCGGCGCAGCGCAAGCGCGUCUUCCUCGUCAAGCUCCGCUCAACAGUCUCUGGCAGACACUUCGAGCUUGAUCAAAGAUGUCAGACCAUCUGCAAGAGCCUCUGCGGGCGUCCUUCGCAGAGUGUGGCUUGCGCUGAGGGCCGCUGACGAGGCACAAGAUGUAGCUGCUCCCGAGAACCACGGUCACACCUCCGAGCAUGUCCACUCGUACGAUUAUGAGCGCGAGCACGAGCGUCAUGGAGGUCAUCGAUACGGUUAUGAGACGCCUUACACGACGGUCACUACCACUCGCACGCGUACACAUACUUAUUGGCAGCAAGCCAAGCCCACCUCGAGGCCCGCCGCUGCCAAGAUGCAGCCUCCUGCGAACGAUGCAGCUCCCGAGGCCGAUUCGCCUGACGCCCCUGCGGAUGAUGACUCGACUGCCGAGGAUCUCAGAAAACGACUUGUCACCGUGCAUAGUCAUGUCGACAACGUGGCAAGCUCGGACACGCAAGCAGAAGUGGAUGCGGAUGCUGAUGAUGGCGCUUUCGUGUCGGACGCCGACACAGAGGAUGGGCUUCACAUUAACUUUCUGAGUGCCAACGAUCAGGACAACGACUUGCAGAACGAGGAAUUUGUCACGCGCGCAGAUGAAAGCGAGGAAGACGACUGCGAUGCUGACGCCGAUGACUUUGACGAGCUGGAGGGCCAAGACCGAGUUUUUCGACGCGCCGAAUCCUCUCAAGCCCAGUUACCAAUUACGGCAAUGCCGCCGCUUCGGCUCUGACUGGGGCGCUAUCCCAAGCGUUCCCAGGCUUGUCCGCAUCCCAGCUCAGCGGUGUGGCCAACGCUCUGCAGCAAAGUCUUGGAACAUCACCGCUGGGGAGCAUUUCAAGCGGUGUGACCGGUCAAUUGCCUCCUGCACUCUCGGGGCUGGGAAAUGGCGCCAACACUGCGCAGAACCAAGCAGCUAACAUCGCUGCUCAACUUGCGUCCCUCCUAUCUGGGGCGGCGCCGCAGGCAAGCUGGCCGCUCAGCAACACCCUACAGCAAGGAUACUCUCCGCUCGCUAUUGCUCUCGGUGGCCUACAAGGACCGAGUGGCGGCCUCUCGAGUC